AUGGCGAAAUUAUCAGCACAAAACCAGAAAAACAAAGCAGGAAACAGCAGCAGUAAUACUAAUGUCAAUAACAGUACUACUGCUGUGAAAAAGGUGAAACGGACAAGGAGAAGUGUUCCAAGAGACUCUCCUCCUCAACGUAGCUCAAUAUAUCGAGGAGUUACUAGACAUCGAUGGACAGGACGAUAUGAAGCUCAUUUAUGGGAUAAGAAUUGUUGGAAUGAAUCACAAAGCAAGAAAGGACGGCAAGUUUACCUUGGUGCCUAUGUCGAUGAAGACGCAGCAGCACAUGCAUAUGACCUAGCUGCUCUGAAGUAUUGGGGUCAAGAAACCAUUCUCAACUUUCCGUUAUCCACAUACGAGAAAGAACUGAAAGAAAUGGAUGGCCUGUCAAGAGAAGAAUAUAUUGGAUCAUUGAGAAGGAAAAGCAGUGGGUUUUCUCGAGGAGUUUCGAAAUAUAGAGGUGUUGCAAGACAUCAUCACAAUGGAAGAUGGGAAGCUCGGAUUGGCAGAGUCUUUGGAAACAAAUAUCUCUAUCUAGGGACAUAUGCCACCCAAGAAGAAGCGGCCACUGCAUAUGAUAUGGCAGCCAUAGAAUAUCGUGGACUGAAUGCAGUCACCAACUUUGAUCUCAGUCGUUAUAUCAAAUGGCUCAAACCCAACAUUCAUAACAAUGACAACGUGAUCUACAAUAUUCCCGAUGUGGAUAUAAUUAAUCCUAAUGCCGAUACUAAUUUAUCCCCAAACCCUAACGAAGAACUUGGAUUAAUAAGUAAUUUGUUGAACAACCCAACAUAUAUUAAUAUCAGUACACCAGAAGAAAAUAAUUUGCAGCUGACUCAGCCACAGCAUACAUCCAGUAGUACUACUAGUGCCACAUCAGCCCUAGGGCUUCUUCUUCAAUCAUCAAAGUUUAGAGAAAUGAUGGAGAUGACAUCAACAGCUGAUGAGUACACUCCUUCAAUUCCAUCUCAGUGCACAUUUCCUGAUGAUAUCCAAACAUAUUUCGAUUGUCUGCAGGAUUCUAGCACUGUUUAUGCUGAAGGAGACGAUACUAUCUUCGAUGAGCUAAACUCAAUGGUGCCUUCCAUAUUUAACUAUGAUCUUGACGCUUAG